UGGGGUCUUCCACUUUCGCCAUGGGCCCACAGUCUGUAGGCUCAACUUACGGCCCUUCCUUCUCUCUGUUUGGUGAUCGAGAUGAGCUGGUCUCGCUUGAUGGCAGCUGUGAUGAAGACAGUGGCGGUGAUGUAAUGGUAGCCCGCCCAAGGCUACCACGGCACUCCUUUACCCAAGUCAAAAAAGCCAUCUCAAGACCGUCAUCAUCACUCAGUCGGGUGCGUGCAGCUCUGGCCAAAGUUUCUCCUCCUCCAGCUUGCGGUGACCUACUGGGCAGCAUUCUAGAGAUGCAGUCUGUGUUCCAUUCCAAGGGUGGACUCUCAGGUGCUAUUGUGCAACGUGAUGGUUCUCUGGAUCUGCGUGCAGUGCCUUCAACAGCACGCAAGUGCCCCCGAAGUCCCCCCGGUUCGCCUGCCGAAUCCCCGGCUUCUCCUCCACCUUCGAGCAUAGGUGGUCACUCAGCGGGUUCGGCAAACCAGACUCCCAGCCGACGAGCAUCAAGUGGUAGUGGCUACACCUCAGGCUGUGUUGGUGCUUCAGGGGACAAUGGCACAACACCUAGUCGGCAUGACGACCAUGCACAACGGGAAGGUUGUGGUAGCUACCACCACUUGAUGGUUCCCUCUCCACCAGAUGCCUAUGCCCGCAAGAAUGGCCGGGACCGGACUAAAAACGGUCCGGUGGAGGAAGACGACGAUAUUGACAUUUACAGUGACAUCGAUGAUGGUGAUGACAGUGGUGGUGGUGGUGAUGGUGGGGGGGAUGGUAUGAAUCAUAAUGGAGAUGAUACAGAACCUUCAGUGAACGGUGAAAGCCCUACAAGAGUGUCUACAGCAGUGUCCAUUGGCAGAGAGAGUGUGCCACGACGUGUCCCAGCAAGCGUCGUGGACCACGACGAGGAAGCAUCGUCGAGUGAAAACGAGCUGGUUAUCGACGAGCAAGAAAAUCCUGCUGAUGUGCCAGAAGAUGAAGAAGUUGCAGGUGAUCACUUAAAAGCAGCUGGAGAGAGCGAGGAGGAGGGCCCCAUCCUGGAAACGGCCAAUGUGAGGAGCCCAUCCCCCGAAAACGACGAGGGCACAUCACAAGUAUCAGAUGAAGAGGGUGGGCUGGAAAUCGUCGAGAAUGGAAACUCAAGUGAUGGUGAACAGGGUGAAGAUGAAGUAAUGGAGCCAAAGAAGGCGAUGGUGGUGGUGAUGAAGCAGGAGAUGGUGAUGAGGAGGAGGAAGUGGAGGAGGAGGAGGAAGAAGAAAAACCAGAAGUGCAACCGUUAGCUGAAGAGGAAGAAAGCUCACAGAUG